GUAGGUCUGGAGGAGGAGGGGUAAAAUAAGUCAUACUGAAACCGAAAGCUUAAACUCGUCUUCUAUUCGCGUUGGUGCCUCAGCCUCUUCACACACUCUCUCCGCUCACCCUGAAGAGCUUGUUACUGAACAUGGCUUCACAUAGUCUCCUGUUCCUUGCUGUGGUGUUUUCAUUCAUAUGUUCUGGAGCACUGGAAGAAAAGCUGAUCAGAGUGGAAUGCCAGCCUGCAGUUGGAGUUGUUGGACAGACCAUGAAGAUCCACUGCUCUUUCAUAUCUUCUUUUAAAGAAAUUAAUAUUGAUUUAGUGUAUAUAUUCAAGAGUGAUCCAGAAAAUCCAGUGUUUUCACUAAAAAACAUCAUUAAAACUGGAGAUCUUCGAUUUAACCUUCCAUCAGAAAACAAUCCGUCUCUAGAGCUCGCCAGCGCUGCUGUCGCUGAUGAAGGGAAUUACAGAUACAUGAUUGUAACCAAUCGUGGUGUUAUUGAAGACGGAUCAUUCAGGAUCGGCGUCACAUCCAAAUAUAGCCAACCAACCACCAACUCCAUGCCAGAUGUGAUUCAGGAUGGUGGCAACGCUGAUCUUUAUUGCAAUGCUAGCGGUUGUUAUCCAGCAGGAUCCAUUCAGUGGUUUGACAGCACCAACACUGACUGGACGAAGAGUGCCACACUGGAGAUCACAGAGGGUGAAGACAAACUGGUGCAACUGUCCAGCAAACUGACCUUCAGCAAGAUCGACUCGAGCUGGGCGCCCUUCAGGUGUGUUGUUCUCAACAACAAAUUCGUCAAAGAAGGAGAGAUUGAAUUUCAACCCAAAAUAAAAGAGGGCAAACCAAAUGAAAUCAAGUUUGACUUUGAAAAACUGACGAGUACAAACGUUGUUGCUCCUGUGGUCGUCAUUGGCUCUCUGCUCGUUGGGCUCCUGCUUUUAAUCGUGCUACGUGGACAAUGCAAUCGUCAGAGCAGAAGACCUUCUACUAUUCCCUUUCUGAGUCAUUCUUCUGAUCUAACAUAUGCUGCCCCUGAGGAACCUGAUGUGGAAAAAGCCUUGUGUUCAGUGAAGCCGAAAGGAGAAGCUACUCAAUUGAAAACACAAAGACCAGAAGACUGAAGAAGUUCAUCAGAUUCAGCAGUUUCUGAGCUGAAGAAACGCUUCUACUUUGUGCCAUUGAGCUUCUCUUUUCUAACUGUCACUUCCUCACUCCUUCUUCACCAAGGAUAUAUCCUUCAUUCACAUAUGUGUGGUGGGAUGUGACUCAUGAAUUGGUGGUCUGAAGUUUUUGGCCAUUUAAGCUCAUUUAAUCAAAGCAAAAGUAAAACUAAUACAGGCAAAAAUGUGGAAAGCCCCAGUGAGUGCUGUGCAGUGUUAAAUGUAGUGAAAAUCACAGGCACUGAACAGUAAAUAGUGAAAAACUGCGUCCCCUCUAUAAUGAAAGUGAAUUCACAUUAUGAAGGAAAAUUUCUCCGAUUUAUUACUAUUAUCUGCAUAAUUAAGCAUUUAACAAAAGUGCCCAUGGUGAUGUAUAUGUCACAGACCCUUUAAAAUAUAUGUAAAGUUUCUUACAGCUCUGUCUCAGUCAGUUUAACUCACUAAGUUCCUAGGUGACAUCUGCUGAACAUCCUGAGAGCAUCACUACAGGACAGUGUGUGAAUCUCUGAUUGUUCAUCUGACCUUAUGUAUGGAAUGUAGGGGUGCUGGGUGUUUUUGUUUCUACAGUUUUUCUACAGGAAAAAAAUAAGAGACCACUCCAGUUUCUGAAUCAGUUUCUCUAAAUUUGCUAUUUAUAGGUAUAUGUUUCAGUAAAAUGAACAUUGUUGUUUUAUCCUAACUAAGGACAACAUUUCUACCAAAUUCCAAAUAAAAAUAUCGUCAUUUAAAGCAUUUAUUACAGAAAAUGAGAAAUGUUUGAAAUAACAAAAAAGAUGCUAAGCUUUCAGACCUCAAAUAAUUCAAAGAGAGUUUAAAAAUCAAUAUUUGGUGGAAUAACCCUGGAUUUUAAUCACAGUUUACACGCAUGUUGGCAUGUUCUCCUUCACCAGUCUUACACGCUGCUUUUGGAUAACUUUAUGCCACUCCUGGUGCAAUUCAGCUUGAUUUGAUGACUUCAUUGAUAAUCAUCAUUCAUCUUCCUCUUGAUUUUAUUCCAGAGGUUUUCAAUUUGGUAAAAUAAAAGAAACUCUUCAUUUUUAAGUGGUCUUUGUACAGCAGGUGCCCAUCAUAAAAAAAAGUGAGCUACACUCUAAAUUUAUCUAAUUGUGAAUUCUGAAUAUUUCUCAAUAUUUAGAAAUGGGUCCGGGCUUUUAUAGGUUAAGAUAUGAACAGAUGAUAAUGAUUCACAGUGGAUUUGGUGUGAAACAUACUCAGUCAGGAUUGUUCACAGAGGUGAUUAAUGGAUCCCUGAAAUUAAGUAAAAUCUCUCUUCCACAAAGUUAUUAUACCACUUGAUUAGCUUACCACUCAAAGUUUAGAGAGGAUUUGGUAUUUAAAGACAUUUACAUAUAAUUAAAUAAUAGGGAUACAGGCAGGAGUCCCCAAAUAAAACGUUUUUUUUGUUGUUGUUUUUUUUUUUAGAAUUACUGCUGUUUACUCUUAUGAAUAACUUCAACAAAUCAUAUACACAUGUAGGUUCACUGGAGGGUAUGGAUAGCAAAUAAUUUUGCUAGAUUUGUGCUGUGUUUUUAUCAAUGUAAAGAAAUUUGAUGUAAGUGAAUUUUUUUCUAUUUUGAUUUCACACCAAACCCAACUCUUAAUGUAUUUAUUGCCAACACAUAUUUCUUUAAAAAUGUUGAAUUCACCUUUAAAUAAGACAGGACGCUAAAUGUUUAACUCAUGGGGUCAAAGAACUACAAACAGAAUACUAUUAUGAUUAUGGUCUUCUACCUAUCUAUCCACCACAUGCCAACCUGUACAUUUUGUUGUGGCUGUUCAUGUUUUAAUGAGUAGUUUGUGUACAAGUAGUGUUUUGUGAUUAUGACUGUUACUUUACAUACAUAUGUAAAUCAUUUUUCAGUUAUGUUAAUGUCAGAUUGUGUCGAUUACUGAACUGUAACUAAUGAUGCACUGUAGGUGUGACUGGCUGUUUGUGCAUAAUCUUUAAAACCUAGAAAACUAUUUGGUGCCAGUACUAACUUUACAAUUUAAGAUUUAAUACUGAACAUUGGAAACACUGAACAUAGGAAAAGAGGCAAUCUAUACAGUGGAAGACGGGUGAUGGCAAUCUCAAAAGUCAGAUGAGCUGGAACGCAGAAGUGUCACGUAAUCAAGCACGUCCGGAAGCUUGGGUGCAGGUGGAUUCUAGGAAAUGGGAAUCUUUAGUUUGUGAACAAGAGUCCAUGACAGGCAGACAGACAACAUCAGGACUGACAGAUAGACUGGCAGAACAGUAGAUUUACUUAUUUAAACAAAGUGGUGAGAUUAGGCAUGUUUGUGUCUGAAGUUUGCUUCUUUCCAUUUACAAUGCUAAACAAGUAAAGCUUUUACACUACUGACAUGCCAAUAAAUGUAUAUGUUAGCAUAAAUAGCAUGACACUGACCGCACACUAACGUUAGCUAACUUCCUACCAAUUAAAACAUUGGAAGCCAGUAUUAUCAAUAGAUAUGUCUGUGAUUAAUAUCUUUAUAAAAUUUUAUGUUAGCGGCAGGCCGUCUAAGAGAAUGGAACAAUUUUACACUGCGUAAUGAUUAUUGACAAUCAGAUCUUUUUUCUAUACUCUUUAUCUUAAAAUCUAUUAGUAAACAAUCAAUACAGACUUUAGAUACAACAGCUGUCAUGACAUGGUCAUGGACAGAAAAGUAAAGCUAGCUAGGACUAACCCUAGGACUAACUAGAACUAACUUAGCAAUUAGCAUGCUAGAAAGUAGGGCUGUAAGAAAAAAAAAAUUAACAUUAUCGUGAUAGGAGUUUACACAAUAAACACAUUAGCUACACACACAUACUACAUUAGCUUUGUAGCUCCAGAACUUCAGAACAGAAAAAAACUAAUUUCAGACACCAAACGUGCCUCAUUUUUAUUUUCUUAAAGAUUUAGAUUAAAAGCAGGUUCUUGUUAAAGAAAGACACAUGGGCUAGUACCCCCUAUCAUUAGUAAUGCUUUAGACUUUAGUGCAGGUCUUGCUGUAUUAAGCUGUAACCUGUGUUUUGUGUAAUAUUAAGACUUCCACAUUAGGUUAAAGGAACAGGAAAAAUCUGACAGAUUAAUACAAAGCAUUUAUAGCAAGUUCACACAAAGUUUUCACAAAGUAAAGUAAACUGUUUCUGCCUUGUGGCAUCUUUUUUACUGUACAAAUUGACUGUAUAGCAACUUUCAUAACACUGUGAUUAAUAUAAAUACUGUAAAUAACAAAUACACUUUGUUGUAAUAGUACUUUUUGGCAGUUCAUCUUAGCUUAACAUUGGAACAUCUGUUAAUUUCCCUUUUAAUUGGACCCACAUUUGUAAGGAAGAUCUAUUGGUGGGAUGAGCAGCAGAGCUCAGUAUGUGGGUUGCACCCAUGAAAAAAAUACCAAAUUUUCCCUGCAAGUCUUAAACAGUUUAUUCUGCUAUUGACUCCUUCAGGGUUUGACGAUCUUCUUUGAACACCCACUUCAUAUCCUGUCUCUGAAAUCCCCUGUUUUAUAGAACUUGGCCUUCAGUGUAAAGAUACUGGUACUAGGGCUCACUCCAAAUAAUGCCUGUUACGUUCCCAAUUAAAAGUUGUUAUGGUCUUGGGAAAAUUAGGAAGUAAACAAAAAUAAAAAUUGUUGGAAAAAAGGGACUGGAAGCAGAGAUUCAGAUGAAACAUUUAACCAGGGAUUUUACUGGUUGGUUUACAAAAAAAUACAAAAGUGUACAAUUAAGAACUAAACUAAAUGCCUAAGGUGGACUGUGGACGGUGCGAACGAAAAGAAAAUAAUAAAAGUGUGCUAAACUACGUAACCCAAAAACUAAACUAAACCAAAAAUACAGCAGUGGCACCCGCCCCUUACCUGGUGUGUUUAGACUGUGAUGAAUAAUGUGAAGGGCCCAACUUAUCUGUCCACCAAAGUGCAACAGAGUGGAGUGGUGAGGGGUGAAAGACAGAAAAAAAACACUUUCUACGUGCAGAUGCGCGUUACAAUGCCACAACUCGAUUUUGUAAAACACCAGCUUGAAGUUGCCCUGUUGCACAGGCCCUAACCAGAUCAGUCAAACGUAGCAUGUUGAUUCUUGGAGCAGACACCCACUGACUACUGUAGCAGAGCUCACGUUCACAGAUGCUCCUAAUCAGGUGCCAAUCAGGGGGACAAUACGCUCAAAACAAGUGUCAGUAGAAAAGGCAGAAUAAGCUGUUGGGCACUGGCAGAGAGGAUUUGGCUUAUUUUUUAUGGGUGACAAACACAUACUCAGCUCUACUGCUAAUCCCAAAAAUGUGAAUUCCAAAAAAAAUCACAUGCAAGUUAUUUCACAGUGUCAGGUCUUUAGUCUGUCUGCUCCUCAUGUCUGUGUUAUUCUCAUGUCUGUUAUUCUCACGUGACCCGGCUUCUCUGUGUUUCUCCCCUGGUGUUUUUCCACUCACCUGUGUCCAUUUGUAGCUCCGCCCCUCAUUAGUCAGUCCCCAGGUGUUACCUGUUCUCUUUCCCGCAUUGUGUGUGUAGUUAAGCGUCUCUGUCAUUAGUGUUUUGGUCGGAUCUUCUGUAACGCUGUGCGUUUAUACGUCUGUCACGGCUGUGUUAAAUCCCGUCUGUUAGUUAGUCUCCUGUUUCUGAGUUUCUGUUUGGUUUAUGUUUUGUUUUCUGUUGUAUAAUAAAUGAUUCUUGCAUUAGC